AUGGACCAGACAACAACAUUAGCUGAUGCUCUAUUGGACGAUCUCAACGAUUUGAUGGACUCGGACGAGGAAGCCGAUGCUCCCCCAACCACACAGAGUGAACCGAACAUCAAGAGUGAACCACAAGAGUCUUCCAUGGCGGCUGCCAUUGAUUCCUCCAUUGCCAGCCAAAUGAUGAAUAAUAAUAUAAAGCAAGAACUCUCGAAACCAGAAGCAAAAGCUCCCAAGAUGCAUUUGAAACCCUCUUUGGUAGCUCAUUUGGAAUAUAUUUCGAAGCUCGACGCGAGUCAGGAGUACCAAGAAAAGUCGCAAAAGGAACGAGAAGAAGAGGACCAUCAUCUAGUGGUCAAAUCUAAUAAGUUUCUUUCCAACUUGGCUGACGAACUUGAAAAAGCACAUGGAGCCUUGGCCACGGCGUACAAGCCAAAGUUUCCAGAAUUGGAAGAGUUGCUACCCAAUUAUGUUCAAUUCAAAAAUGCGGUCCGCGUCAUUUGGAAUGAAAUGGAUCUAACCAAAGUCAAUGAUGAAUUGAAUGAAAUCUUAAAUAGCAACCAAAUCAUUACCAUUUCCGUGGCAGGAAGUACGACCUCGGGGCGGAUCUUGACUAAGGAAGAAUUGGCAGCUGUGGAUGAAGCGGCCACGUACAUGGAGAAUUUGCUCGACGUGCAGACCAAGUUGAUUGACUUUGUGGUGAGGUCGAUGGAAGGCUUGGCGCCCUCUGUAUGUGCGCUCAUUGGGCCAUCUACUGCUGCUAGAUUGAUUGGUUUGGUGGGUGGUUUGGCAGAACUGACCAAGAUUCCUUCUUGCAAUCUGCAAGUGAUUGGUCAAGUCAAGCAAAACAGCACCUCUCGAGCAGGCAUGUCCAAUGCUUCGACCAAACGACAUGUGGGGAUUUUAGCGGAUUGUGACUUGGUCAAGUCGGUACCGAAGCAAAUGCAAAAGAAGGCACUCAAGCUGGUGGCCGCCAAGCUAGCACUGGUUGCGAGGUUCGACUAUGUCAAUGUCGAUAGUGGUCGUACCCGCAGUGCCAACACUGGAUUGCAAUUCCGCACGGAAAUCGAAAACAAGUUUGAAAAGCUCCAAGAACCCGAUAAGGCACCUGUAUUGAAGGCACUCCCAAACACACCAGCUGUUUUCUUCGAUGGCAAAUCUCCAUCACUGUUGCGUUUUGUCGUAGCUAAUUGCACUGGGCUGCUGUUUGAACUUUCACCCGAUUUGGCUGUCAAGAAGCGCCGUGGUGGAAAGCGUAUGCGACGAUGGAAGGAUCGAUUCGAAGAGACGGCCAUGAUGAAGCAAGCCAAUACUAGGGCAUUCUCGGAACAACAUGGUGAAUAUGGUGAUGAUGCCAUGGGAAUCUCCAUGGGUCUCUUGGAUACCGCCGAUACGGGUGGUGCCAUUAGAAAGACUACCGAAAAGCGAAAGAUGCGACAGGCCAACUCCAAGGCGUCUCGUAAGCGGGCCAUGCAAAUGGCACAGCAAGCGAAAAACAAUGAUGGACUGGCAAGUAGUGUUGUCUUUUCGCAAAGUAGUAGUAUGGAAUUGGUCAACCCAGAUGCCAAUAGGAAUCGGGUGAAGGAGGCGAACAAGAAAUGGUUCAAAGAUAAUGCUGGUUUUCAGUCAGCGUUGCCCAAGAAGUAA